AUGUACUCCGAUAGCGACACCGAGUCUGACUUUGGGGCAUCAGACGUCGCUAACACCCAGGAAACCUACUCUUCACUCCCUUGCUUCUCUUCCACGCCGGCUGAGAAGCCAUGGGUUGGACGCGACGUUGAAAAGGCAGUGGAGGAACUGGGCGCUCUGGAUAUAGGUGAAUCGGACUCGGAAACUGAGCUACACGAACUAAUAUCGUCGGCGUCGACUGCUAUUUGCAGUUUCCUGGACAGCGUCAACUCUGGCGAGCAAGAUGGAUUCGGGCUCAAAGAUAUCCUUGCACUAGCUGUGAUGCUAUUCGACCCAUCAUUCCUCGAGACUUUGUUCCAACACCGCCGUCACUUUCAUCGAAUCGCGACUUUGUCAACGCCUCAGAAGUCAUCUAUUGUUGUAUGCUGGGCAGACUCUGCUCUAGUCAAGCUCAGCGAGUUCGCUGUCUCUGUCGCGUCUGGACUGUCGAACUCAUCAAACCAGAUUUCGAUGCCAAAGGGACUAAGCAUUCAGUGGCAGGACGACUCCUUGAGGGGUGCGGCACAGAUUCCAUAUAAGUGGACAUUCCUGCCGGGUGUACUGUCCUUGGAGCAGGCCUCCCCGGCUGCGAAACGCAUAGUCUCGCGGUUGCUAUUUGGGGUAUUUGUCAUCCGACCCCAGCUACACGAAUGCAAUCCAUGGGACUCUAGAACGACAACGCCCUUGCAGAUGAUGGAAAUCAUAUCCGGCUUUUUAAGACAAAUAGACAUGAAUCGGCCACUCGUGGGAUGGUUUGAACUUCAAGAACGAAUCACACAAUGCAUACUUGUCGUCCUCUUCACGCUGGCCGACCUGGACAACAGGCGGCAGAUAUCGCAAAGCGGCGCGCCAGUCUCUCCGUGGAAACCUCGGACACUAGGGAUCAUGCUCGAGAUGAUUGAGUGCAAUAUCCUGCAACCAAAAACUGGGGGUGCCGUGGGACCCGCAGAUGAGCUUGACGUCGCACAGACGAUCCUCUUGCGGUGGGGCAGUACAAUCCCUUGGAGUUGGAUGGUAUGGCGCGACCUGCGAAUAGCGGGAGCUGAAUGCAUUGUGCAACUUACGUUGGAGUGGCUAUGUCGGCUUGAACAGCCGCUUUUCCAUGGGGUACCAUCGUUGUCACAUUGGACAUCAGACGUUACACCGCACAUAGAAGCCUCACCGCCCGCAGCAAAGGCUAUUAUGAUGCAUGUUCUCACUGUGCAUAUGGCAAAUCUAUCCCCAUCGACAAGCGCCCACAGUAGUCACACUGAAGUUUCGUUGGGAAUAUUCAAAUGUUGCUGGAUCCUUCUUCACUUGACAAAGCAGGGCCUUCUAAACUUAGACAGCUCUGAUGCCCGUCUCCCAUCUGAUUUAUGCACAAUAUUUCUCGAAUUGUUUGUUUCAUCGGGCAAUGACGCCCCUCCGAACAUUGCUACCAAGGCCCUGAUAUUGGAAGCAUUAGCACUAGCAGACGCCGAUACUUGGGCCAUAUGCAUGGAGAUAGUCAAAGGCAAAAAGGAGCUGAACUUCAUUGCGCGGCUAGAUGAUCAACUUUCACUGACAAGAAGGGCUAUAAAAGGCGCACAGGAGGAAUCAUUAAAUGAUGUGGAAAUGAAUGAGGUCAAGAUGCUUCUGACCUUCCUGGGCAUUAUGUGGCAUAACAAAUGUAAUGGAUAUGUCCAUCGCCAAACUGUAUCGCCUUUCCUCUCUACCUUGCUGUCUGCUCGGUGGAGCAGAGAAUCGGUACUUCCGGAACUACAUGACUCGCUGUUGACUACUUUGUCAAUAAUGGAAUCACGAAGAGCCGAGACAGCUUUCCCGGAUGUUGACCCUUAUUGGGAGGACGACACCGUCUGGAACUUGGCUCUGGAAGCCGGAAGUUGCAACAUCACAGUCACACUGGCAUUUUCCCAGUACAUCUUGUCAACUAAACGCCUCUGCGAUCCACUCACUAACGCUGAAGCUUGGAGUCAUCUACGGGAUUCGAUGCUUCUCAUUCUGUCCCAGCAAUUUCUCCAAGAGGAAGAAGCCCUGGCUCUCAUUGCAGCGCCAGUCAUCUGCCAGGCAUUGUGCCUGAUACUAUUGAAUAAUGAUCAAGCAGCUAAGCUCCACUCACCGUGGACAACAAACCUGCUCAAAGAGCUGAAGUCGCUUUUGGCCCGCUCGAUCGACGAUAACGUGAAUUACACGAGUCUCCUCAGAGAUAGAAUGUCCAUAGUAGGCCAGCGGCUACUCGAUGCUAUUUCCUCUCCGGGUGCGGGGUCAGGAUCACACGGCAUGCCAUUGUUGGAACGCGAACUUCUCUUCUGCGAGGUACAUUCAUCAAGCCGCCUACUGCUAGUGCCUCGUCUUUGA